AUUUAUGAUAAGUACUAUAUUGACUUGUAUUUAAAAAAAUAUAGUGUUUUUCGGAAUCGCGUUUUGGAAUGAUUGAAUUAGUACCUUAUGUAGUGACUCAUAAGUUUCAUAUUGACUUGUAUUAAAAAAAUAUAGUGUUUUGCUGAAUCGCGUUUUGCUUUUGGAAUGAAUUAAUUAGUGCCUUAAGAUUUGAGACAUAAGUUUCAUUUUGACUUGUAAUAUAGGGUUUGGCCGAAUACAUGGUUUGAAUCCGAUUCAUGUACGAUUUGCCCGAUUCAGUCACAUCGGCAAUAUAGUGUUUCAGAAAAUAUAUAGAUGCCGAAUGUUUUGAUAUAUAGAUUUUGAUAUUACUGCAAUAUAUAGAUUUAAUAUCUAUAUAUGUUUUGUAUCGUCCAUACCUAUUGAAAAUUUGAAAGAGCGCAGUGACAAUAUCAGCUGAACAGAAUUUGGCAAAAUUUCGAAUUUUGUAUUUUAAAUAAACUUUGUUCAUCAAGUUGAUAAAAAAUAUCAACAUUAGAUAUUCUAAUAUAUUUAUUACAGAGUUAUGAUGGAGUUAUGCUUCUACAAGUAUGAAGUAACUAAUUAAACUGUUAGGAUAAGUGAACAAUAACUUGAAUAACUUGUAUUCGAAAAAUGCCGCGUUACUCUAACAUUCAACUGUAUCAAGUGAACAUAGCGGAUGGAUUCGCCAGUGACUGUGAUGAGCUGGUGCACAGGUGCCUGCAAGUUCCAACAUUAGACUUUCAGGAGUUCUCCAAGAUAUGGAAGGCAAUGAACUUUGAUUUGCUCUAUCUGGGCAGGACUUCAAGUGCAGAAAUAGCUGAGUUAUCAGAGGAAUUGGUUAACACAGCUAAACGUUACAUGGUUAAAGAUACAAGCUAUUUUCAGGAGUCUGUAGCAGGGCUAUUUCUUGUGUACAGCCUGCUACACCUGCAGCCAUUCAGCGGCUUCGCGUAUCUGACGCUGGUGCCCGCUGACGUGCGGGCGGUGACCAGGAUCGAAAUGGUGGCGCGGCGCGAGCGCAGGCUCGACAUACUGUACAUACUGGGCGAGGUGCUGGUCAAGUGGACGCAGUACCAUGUGGUGGAACGGCCCCGGGGGAUGGAGAUGGUCAUCAGGAAGUAUUUGGAAGGUUUCACGUUCAGUUUAGACAAACGCGGCGUGCGGCCCAUGGGCGUGUUCUACCGACAGAACGAGGAGCUCGACCACAUCCGGGACCUCGGCUCCGUCACACGACAGUACCUCCUCGCCAAGAAGGCACUCGUUGGCGACGCGGCCAGCAUGCCGAGCCUGCAGUACAUCAACAGCAACCUGGCCGUCGACCUCAACGCGUCGCUGCGGAAACUGGUCAGCGGCGUCGCCGAAGACAGCGAGCCUGAAGUCAUCAACGAUUCGUCAUCAGAAAACGAAAUGAACGGCACAGAGGAUCGUUCGAACAGAGUGCAAGCCAUAAAGGAUAGAGCUAUGAAGAACUCAGUCGGCCCUAUGAACCAUCUCACUUGUGUAGAUGACAGAAAUAAAAUAAUAACCAGCCCGAAAAAGAAGGAUCUAAAGAGACCGACUGGAAAAAUAAAAACUGACAAUCACACCAAACCGGUCACCACGUCACCAAAAAAGAAAAAAGUGAAACCGAGGAACAUAUUGUCUAGAAAAAGAAUACUCAAAGGAAACUUUGUCAAUAGCUCAGGCAGUUCCGACAAUUCAGACAAUGAUGACGACUUGGAUAUAGAUGAGUUCCAUAAAGAAGAUGAAACGACAGAACGAGAAAUCGAACCCCAAACCGAGAACCAAGAUAUAGAAGUAAACCCAACAAACUUACCACUAAUACUGAAACCAGGUGAUUUGGGGAACGACAUAGAAAUCGAAAUUAUAGAUUAUUCCGAUCUAAAAACUAAAACUGAUGAAACAGCCAAUUCAAAAUCUGAUGAUACAGCCAAAUCAAAAUCUGAUAAAACAGUCAAAUCAAAAUCUAAUAAUACAGCCAAAUCAAAAACUGGUGUGGCAGCAAAAUCAAAAACUAAUGGAACAGCCAAAUCAAAAACUGUUAAAAAAACCAAAACAAAAACUAAAACUAAAACCAAUACAUAUGAAAGUUCUAGCACAGACGACGAGUCACUGGUUAUUUCAGCGGCAAGAAUAGUACAUAAAACAUACAGAAAACGGCAGCGUAAAGAUGAAAAAUCAGAGGAAAAAUUAUUGCCAGUGAGGAAAAAAGAAAAGAGGGAACUUGUCCGACGAGACAUGAAGUCAAAGUUUAGAAGAAUGGGAAUGUUGCCUGUCGCCAACUUCGAAAAUGAAAAAUAAAUAUUUUUUUGCUGUGGUAACAUUGUGUAAUAGAUUCCUUUAAAGCGCUUAAAACGACCCAAAAAAAGGCACAAAUCAAUAAUGUUCCAAUCAUCAUUAAGCUUCUUUAAAUCAACAAGAACACAUUAAUAAAACCUGGCUUAAAAAAAAUCGGUUGUCUGUAAAGUCGGGUUCGAAAAUACUGACGGAAUGGUUUUUUCAAAAGAUAAUGUUUUCUAAAAUACUGUUUAAUAAAUCUUCAUAGACCAGAAUAUA